AUUUUCUAUAGGGACGAAGAAGCUUUUGUGUUGUGGAAUAAUUGAUCGCUAUGAACUGAUUCUUCACAACAACAUCCACACAGCACUUGGAGAGGCAUCCUGAUGUUGAUAUUUCCCUCGCCAUCCUCCGCCAAAGCCAGACGAUGUGUACAAAUAUAUUAUUUAUUAACUGAUUCUAUCCGUUAUAUUGCGAACUACCAAACAAAGCCUUGAUAAAUAUUUAUCAAAGAUUAAGAGUAAGUUGCUAGUCUAUAAAUUAUUACAUUAUCCAGGCUUCCUGUCAAUCAAGUCUCAUAGCGUUUCGUCCGAACCCUCGGAUGAAUGUCUUGUCAGGUGGGAAAAGGCCAACGAGGACAACCAGCAUGAUCAACAGGAGGCCAUGGAUGGUCCUUACGGCCGAAUAUAAAUAGGAGCGAUGCAGGUUUCAUGUUGCAUGUUGUUUUGUUCUGUAGACUAAAUCGCAAAUCCCACGGUCUUAACUAGCAUCACAUCUGAACAACACGGAGUGCGAGUAGACCGCUGGAUAUCACACCAGGGAACAAUCAUGGCACCGAAGAUCUUUAUCACGGGAGUAACAGGCCAUAUAGGAGGUGACAUCUUAUACACUGCCUCCCGCGCCCAUCCGGACUGGCAAUGGUCCUGUCUUGUCUGCACAAAGGAGGAAGGCGUUAAAGUGGCAUCUGCGUACCCUCAAGUCAGACUAGUCUACGGUACCACUGACGACGUGGACAUGAUCGAGGAAGAGGCUUCCAAGGCUGAUAUCGUCUUCCACCUAGCCGCAAGCGACGAGCAUGUUCCUUCGGCUGAAGCAAUUGUUCGAGGACUGAGUCGUCGUCAGGCGGACGGUCCUGCUUACUACAUCCAUACUUCCGGGGCUUUUGCUCUCGCCGCCGAGACACUUGCCACGGAGAAAUAUGGCGAGCGGUUUGACAAGGUCUACGACGACUGGGGUCAUGUCAAGGAGUUGACAUCGCUUCCGGGCCAUGCACCCCAUCGCAAAGUCGACAAGAUAGUCCUAGCUGCAGAUCCUGCUAAGGUCAGGACUGCUAUCAUCGCGCCCGCUGUGAUUUAUGAGGUCGGUCGGGGUCCAGAUAAGACGAAAUCAGCACCGGUAUUUGAGGCGUUCCUGAAGGAGAAAGGUCUUUGUCGUGGGGAAAGGUGAUAAUAUUUGGCACAAUAUCCACGUCCAGGAUCUGAGCAAGCUCUUAUCUUCUACUGGGGGAGGCAGCUGUGAAUGGUGGCGGAAACGCCACCUGGAACGAAGAAGGAUAUUACCUGGCAGAGAACGGUUCCUACGUGAAUCGUGAAAUGCUGCAGCUGGCUCCCCAGAUUCUUU